AUGGAGACGGCAACAUGCUACUACAACGGCGACGACGCCUUCGACCCGCUCCUGCAGCAUGAGCUCGCGCUCGAGAUGACGAGUGCAAACGAGCAAGAGACCCAGCGAAGCGCAUGCGAUGACGCGCAGCUCACGGCCGUCCUUCUCCGCGUCAACCACGCGUGGCUGCACGCGUUCGCGUCCCAUCACGAGCGGCCGUGUCUCGCGGACGAGCUCGUGUCGCGCGACUCGGUCUGGCUCAACGACUACUUCCAGAAGCUGCGCGUGCUCCACGACCCGGCGUCGUCGCAUGCCAAGCUCAUUAUGCAACGGCUCCAAGAGUCGAGUCGCCGGCAGCAGCAAGCGACCGCGUACGUCCACGAUGGAAGCGACGCGAGCCGGCAGCUGGUCGAGCCAUUAGCGCUCAUUUUGCACUGCACAACGCAAGACCGCUUGCCCGAGCCCCGCCUCGUGCCCUUUCUGCGCGAAACAACGCUGUACUUGGAGAGUCCGGCGCUGAUCGCGCGCGCCAACGAAGCAGCGCUAUCGACGCCGCUGUACCGGCUGCUCGUCGUGCGGCAGAACACCGAGGCGCGCAUGCUCCUCGUGCGACUGCUUUUGACGCUGGCCCAAGCCGACGCGACGGCCGUGGUCCGCGGCUGCACCAUUGGCGGCCAAGGCCGCGCGAUGCUGCCCAAUAUCUUUAUCCAGACACUGCCCAAGCGCCAUCCCGAGUGCAUCGAGCUCCAGACGACCGCCGUCCGGCUCUUGCACAUCUUUGACGUGCGCAAGAGCUCGUUCUUUCUCGACAUUCCGUCGGCCAAGAGCUUGCAUCGCCCGAAGGCGCUCUCGCCCGUCGUGCUGGCGGCGCUGCCUGUGCCAACGUUCUCGCUGCCCGACGACGUACGCCGUCCGUCGAGUCCAUACAAGGAGAGCGUGCGGCCAAAGACCCACACGAUGCCACGCCGGCGUCCAUUUCCGUCGCCAACACCGCGCGCGGACGUUGAAGUGCGCCGGCCGUCGACGCCGCAGAAGCUUGCGCCGCUCGAGGCCAUCGAUGCGCGGCUCGGCGCCUUCGACUUAACGCCGGGCGAAGAAACCGCCGAGGAUCUGCCGCGGUCGUCCAUCACACCGACGACGCGCCAGCGCAAGCCCGAGCUGCAGUCGGUCGCGAGCUUCGAGUGGUACUGGCGCACGCUGCCGCCAGGCCACGCCAAGCUCUCGGACUACGCCAAGCUCAAGGCCGUGUGCCGCGCCGCCGUGUCGCAGCACAAGAUUGGCGACCUCGAGCGCGCCUCGGAGCUCUACGCACUCGCUUUGCGGCUUCCAGAGCCGGUCAACGUCGAGACGGACGGGACGGCACCGCUGCGGGUCGCGCUGCUCGUGAACCUCGGAAGUGCCCACCUGGGCCUGCGGCAGUGGGAGACCAGCAUCACGACGCUCCGGACUGCUAUCGUGGCCUGUCCCGAGCAUGUCAUGGCACACUACACGCUCGGCAUGGCGCUCGCCGCCAGUGGGCAAGUCCGCGAGGCCAUCUCCGAGCUUCAAGCUGUCGCACCGUUGCACUCGCCGGCCAAGGCGCAGCUGCGACGCCUCGAGGGCCGACGGCCACGCAAGGCGACCGCGUCCACAGCGACGUUGCGCUCGGCGAUCGGCCGCAUGGCGACGCAGGCUGAGGCGCUCGACGUGGUGUGGGCGACGCUCUUCCGGUGCCUCGACAAGUCGCGCUGCGGCGUCGUGAGCGUCGAAGGCUUCCGCGACAUGCUCCACUUGGCCAGCGUCACGUUGACUAAGGACGAGUGGCGGUGUCUCCUCGGGCACGUGGCGCACGAGCACGACGCCAACUACAUUGUGUACGCACGCCUCGCAUCGGACGUGAUGCUGCACCGCCCGGCACCGCCGUCGCCCGUCGACAAGGUGUGCUUCAACGGUCUCCGCCGGCGCACGGGCAUGGAGCGCCUCCGAGUCUCGCUGCACUUGCUCGCACAGCGCGAGGCCAGGGCGUUCUGCGGCACGGUCUCACAGUGGGCGCGCUUUGGCGUCGACAAGACCAUCGAUAUCACCUCGAAAGCGCCGCCCGUCUCGUCGACGUGGAUGCCAUUCGUUGUGCACGUUCCGCCGUGCCCGACGUCAGUGCUUUCGACGCUCGCAACUGUCCUUGUCGCCCAGAGCACGGCCAAGGGCGUCGCAUCGGCCCACCGCGCGAUCCGGCUCCGACGUCUCAUCACGCGUAAGGUCGUUGAGACGUUUGUGGCCAAAGGCGUGGUCUACGCGAUCGCCAGCACAACCAAGCUCCUCCAUGAGAUGCGCCACCGGCUCGCGACGACCAGCGCGGCGCACGAGGUCCGCGGUGGCGUCGCCUUGUACUCGCUCCGGCACCUUACCGCCGCCCACGCCCACGCGCACGUGCAUGCAAGAGCGCAAGCCAAGACGGCCCUCGAGCGUAUCGCGAACCGCGCAACUGCCGUUGUCGCCAUGCGCGCCGGCGCCACGUUUGAUCUUCCGACCUUUGGCGCCCAGGCCAAGGUGAUGGCAGCGCGCUGGCGAAAGACAAGCGGCGCACUAAGCCAAGUGGCCACAGCAAGUCGCAAGCACUGCGUCUCGUGGGUGCACGCCGGCGGCUCGCUCCACGACAUUGCGACGCUGGCGACCCGACAGACGGCGCGGUUCGGGAAGCAGCACCGGCGGCUCGUGGCCGUCGCCGACCACGCGACGCAGAUCGUAGUGCAGCGUCGUGACGCAGUGGGUAUCGUCGCGACUCGGGUCGUGCGCGCGAAAAUCGCCUAUUACACGGUCUUUCAUGCGCUGCAGACAGGCCUCUCGACGGUCUCGGGCGCACCGCUGCCCGCGUACGACCUGCCGUGGAUGUUUCGCAAGUACGAGAUCCUUCCGAACGACGAGAUUGAGCUGCCCGUCGAGGAGCCGACCGAGCAAGUGGCAGCAGAGGCAGGCGGCGUCGCGCCCUGGCACACGGAGCGCACGACUUUGUAG